AUGAAAUACCCCUCCCAAUAUACAAAUGUCAUGAUAUCGAUUAUUGGAGCCAACCGAAACCCUGACAUUUGGGGCCCUGACUCCCUUGAAUGGAUCCCAGAGAGAUGGCUUUCCCCUCUUCCCUCAUCUGUCUCUGAUGCACAUGUCCCAGGAAUCUAUUCUCAUCUGAUGAUGUUUAUGGGGGGAGGACGAGCUUGCGUCGGCUUCAAUUUUUGGCGAAUUGAGUUAGUAGGUCGUCCAAGCGAUGUUCCAACUCUUUCCUUAUAG